AUGGCGGUCAAAGAGCCGCCCGAGGGCAAAGUCGAUGAACCAAAGCCGCCGGCACGUUUGGGUCGUGGUGGCAGCAUCUCGUGCUGCAGCAAUGGACGCUCGUUCGAGAAGAAGCUCUCCCAUGCGACAUUGGCGAUCGAUGAGGGUGGCGGAUUGGCGGGUGCUGUUCCGGCUUCAGCGAGACGGGAAGCGCUGACCCUGGCCUUGACGAGAGGAGAUGGAGACGCCGAGUCCAAGCGCUUCUCUGCAGAAGCAGCAUUGGACGAAGAUGAAGAGGAGGAUGCGGCCGAGUUGCUGCUUCCAGAUGAUGCCGAGUUGCCGCUGUUCGAAGCAGACGAGUUACCAGAGGAUUUGGACGACGAGGAAGAAAGCACCGACGAAGAGACACGACGAGAUGCUGAUCGAGUCGAACGUGGUCCGCAGCUCGAAAUGAAGCCUCUAGCUGACGCGGAUAUCGGCACAGCUGAGGGGCUGGCUAUCGCCGCGACGGCGUUCUUGUGCGAGCUCGCCUGCCUGAGCAGAGCCCGAGCGUGGACGGAGCGACCGCGCAUCUUGAGCUACGUCUGCCUGGAUGUGCACCAACAGAUCCCUUGGUGCCUGUACUGCAGAGCUGUUGAUCAGAUUGCCGGGGCGCUGAAGAGGUACUGA